AUGAAUAUCGGGUUCAUCGGUAUUGGACGCAUGGGACGCUUCAUGGCACGAAACCUUGCCAAGGGCGGUCACACCCUGACGGUGUUUGAUACGCACAAGGAGGCGGCUGAAGAAUUGCUGUCGCAGGGCGCAUCGUGGGCGGAUAGCCCAGGGUCCGUAGCAGCGGCGAGCCAAGUCGUGUUCACAGCACUGCCACGUCCCCAAGAUGUGGAGGCGGCUGCGCUCGGAGAUUCCGGUAUCCUCAGCGGUGCCGAGCAGGGUGUGGCGUACUUUGACCUGAGCACCACCGAUCCAGAUACCAUCCACCGGAUAGCCGCCGCCGCAAAGUCCAAAGGCGUCCAUGUGUUAGAUGCCCCGGUCAGCGGUGGUGUCAGCGGUGCUGAGCAGGCAACACUGUGUAUCAUGGUCGGCGGGAACCAGUCAGUCUAUACGUCUUACAAACCGCUCCUUGAGCUGAUCGGUGAAAAAGUCCUUUACUGUGGCGAACAGGGCAUGGGAGCCGUCUGCAAAAUUGUGAACAACCUUAUUAAUCUUGGCAACUACGUUUUAGUGUCAGAAGCACUGACGUUGGGACUCAAAAGCCGGUGCCCAGACAGAAAUCAUGUUUGA